AUGUAGUCCGUGAUACGUGGUUCCCACUGCGCAUGCUUCACCCGCAACGCGCGCCGGUAGUCCCAUUGCAUAGCAACCCGUGCUCGCAGGGCAUGCCGGGGCUUGUAGUACAGAGUGCCACGAGUUAAAUGCCUGGUUUAUAGUUUAACUUUAAACUACAACCACCAGGGAGCUACACGGGCCCAUUGGGAGCUGUUGUGGCAACAACAAGACAGCUAAAUACGAAGAUAACUAAAAGGGCAAGACGUUGAAGUAGCAAUUUUGUGUACCUAAGACGUUGAGGAUGGCUAAAAAUCUGAUUGAGAAUCAAUUUUUUGAAGACCAUUGCUCAGAAUUGACAGCAAUUCCUUUCAUCUGGAGUGUCGAAACGGAAGGACCACAUUACAGUCUUGACAUGAAAAUGUCUCAUCUGAAAGAACUAAUAUUUAAUUUUGACUUUGAAUCAAAAGCGCAAAGGAUUCUAAGAUUCAACAUCUCGUUAAACGAGUUGGAAGCGAUGCAGUGUGACAGCCUGUCUCCAUUUGUGCAUCUGCUUGAGUUGAAUGUGUCACUCAAUUUCCUGAAUAGCAUCUCAUGGCUCAAGGCUUUACCUCAGCUGAUGGUUUUGAACCUGUCGCACAACAUUAUUGAAUCUCUCCAAGGGCUAGAAUGCUGUAAGAUGUUGACAGCUCUGGACAUUUCGCACAACCAGAUCAGGAGCAUUGCAAACCUACCUAUUCUCAACAGCCUCACUAAGUUGCAUCUCAGUGGCAACAAGUUGGAAUCUCUAGAAGGUGUUCAGCGUCUCCCCCAGCUCUGUGAACUGUACAUUCAGGGUAACUGUAUUUGCAGCCUACUGCCUCUCUCCAGCUCACUGAACCUAUGUGUUCUUGAUGCUUCUGACAAUGUGAUUCUCUCCCUCUCUGACACACUGCAUGUCCUUGAAAACCUGAGGAGAUUGAAGCAAUUGAGACUUAAAGGCAAUCCCUUAACCCAAGAUGAGCGCUGCAACACUGCCAUCAGGCAAUGCACAACAGUUGAAAUCCUGGAUAAUGUGUUCCUAAGGGACUGCUUCACAUAUGGGUUGACAUUUGAGCCACCUGCAGACUUACAAGAACAGACAAAGGAAGACUUGAAGGAGAGUGCGCGGUUGGCAUUCCAGAGCAAAGUGCAGGAGAAACGAAUUGAAACUGAGAUGGCUAUGCAUUAUCUUCACAGCAGGAUGCUGAGUCUUCAAAAAGAUAAUCAGGAAAUGGAAGAUCGCCUUACAUUGGAGUUACAGGCAUACUACAGGUAUUUGGAUGCUAUUCCUCCUGAAGAUUAUCAGAGUAUCGAUUCCAAGAAGGUCCCCGAUGCCAUAGAGAGAUACAUGUUCACCAAGUUUUGGGAGAGAUGGGAAGAGGGGAAACGAAGACAAAGAAAUCAUCCAUUCAAAGACUUGACAAAAUCAGAAGAGGUAGUUCGAACUGCAGCAUGGCUUUUUACAAAUCCAUAUCCCCAAGUCUCUCAGUCAAGCAGUACUUGAUGUGGACUCAUUGUGAUCCUGGACAUCAGUAUGGUACCGUCUACAAAUUAAGGUGUCCCAGAGGAUGAAUUCUUCACUGAAAAAUCACCCCCUCACCUCCAAUGUAAAAAACCAAUCAAUGUACACCUCAGUAAUUUUAUCCAGCUGCUUUGGAGACUUUCUGCUGAUGCAAGAAACCUGUGGCUACUUACUAGUGCAGUUAUGAUUUAUGAGCUGAACCUUCAGAUUCUCAUGUGGAAGCUGCAGAAUGUGUCAAAAAAAAUCACAUAACCAUUAUAUUUCGGGAAGAAUCAUUUUCAUGGAGGCUGAGGUACAUUGGCCAUCCGUGUUUAGAUUUAUUUCCUGUCAGUAAGAACCAUAACCAAACCACAAUCUGUCGAUGCCUCAUUGUGCAGGCAUAAUGCCCUUUAUUGAGUUGCAGGUGAAGAUCAGAUCUGACCAUCGUUCAAAGAGGGAGUUGGCAAUCCUGUUAUUACAAUUUAUUGCUGAUCUGAAAGACAUAAAAAUUCCACAGGAUAACAUAAAACUUUAGCUACUUGUAGGGAAGACCAGUUGGGCCUGUUAGUCCCCUUCCCUGGAGGCCAUUGAGAAAUUUGCUGGUGUUUUAUGAUAAAGCUUUCAUGUUUUUAUUUGAUGACAAUCUGAGAUUUAGCAGGGUUUUCCGUUUUAGUUUCCCAAUU